GUUCCCUCUGUCGGCGGCGUGGGGCAGCCGUGGCAGCGGUGUCGGUAGGAGGUGGCAGGAGGCGGCAGCUGCGCGGACACCGGCCAAGACAGGAGAGACGCUUGGAGUAGCACCGCCGGGGAGACUGGCUUCUUUGUAUCCGGGGCCUCCAAGCCUUGCGCGGCCCGAGGAGGAGAAGCGGCGACGCCGGCGUCUGGAAGCAGGCGGAGAGAGAGAGGAAGAUCUUCCGUCUGCUGCAGGGUCUGCAGGGGCCGGAGCUAAGCCGACUCGAAGCCAGGAGCCUAGAGCUUCUUCUGGGUCUCCAGGCAUGGAGAGUAGAAAACUCAUUUCUGCUACAGACAUCCAGUACUCCGGCAGUCUGCUCAACACCUUGAAUGAGCAACGUGGCCAUGGCCUCUUCUGUGAUGUUACUGUCAUUGUGGAAGACCGGAAAUUCCAUGCGCACAGGAAUAUUCUUUCAGCUUCCAGUACAUACUUCCAUCAGCUCUUCUCCGUUGCUGGGCAAGUUGUGGAACUGAGCUUUAUCAGAGCAGAGAUCUUUGCAGAAAUUCUGAAUUAUAUCUACAGUUCUAAAAUUGUUCGUGUUAGAGCAGAUUUGCUUGAUGAGCUAAUUAAAUCAGGCCAGUUAUUAGGGGUGAAAUUUAUAGCGGAGCUUGGUGUCCCAUUGUCACAGGUGAAAAGUAUCUCAGGUACAGGUCAAGAUGGUAAUGCUGAGACCAUGCCACCUGGUUCUAAUGAUAAGAAUCUUCUAGAACAAAAAUCAAAGGAGGAAGCCCACGAGAAUGGGGCUACUGUCAUGCCUAUAAUAACUGAGUCUUUUUCAUUAUCUGCUGAAGAUUAUGAAAUGAAAAAGAUCAUUGUUACUGAUUCAGAUGAUGAUGAUGAUGAUGUCAUUUUCUGCUCUGAGGUUUUGCCUGCAAAAGAGACCUUGUCGGAUAACAAUGCCGGGACACAGGUCCAGCCUACCCCAGGCCCUGUUGCUGUUUCAAAUGCUGUACCUUGUGCUAGCAAUAAUGCUCCGCCUUUAACAAGUGUGACACCUACUCAGAAAUUUCCUGCUCCUGUGAAUCCAGUAUCUGUGAGCCAAACACAGGGAAGUGAAAAAUUGCUGGUGUCUUCAGCUCCAACACAUCUGACUCCCAAUAUUAUUGUGUUAAAUCAGACACCGCUUGCUGCACAACCAAGUGUCAGUUCUUCACUUCCAAAUCAUAUGCCCUCUUCAGUCAAUUUGCUUGUGCCAAACCAGCAAGCACCGAACAGUGCUGCUGUAGCAGGAAACAAAGCCAGUGAAGAGGAGGAGGAAGAAAUAAUAGAUGAUGAUGAUGACACUAUUAGCUCCAGUCCAGACUCAGCAGUCAGCAACACUUCUUUGGUCCCACAGGCUGCUCCCUCCCAAAAUAACACUUUUGAUGGAUCCUUGGUACAGAAGAUGCAGGUUCCUACACUUCUGCAAGAACCACUUUCUAAUUCUCUAAAUAUUUCAGAUAUAAUCACUAAAUUCACUAAUGACCGAGGCUUAGGAUCCAAACAUCUCGUGGAGGGGCAGAAAAUCAUUACUUUAGACACAGCCACUGAGAUUGAAGGCUUGUCAAAUGGUUGCAAGAUUUAUGCAAAUAUUGGUGAAGAUACUUAUGAUAUAGUGAUCCCUGUCAAAGAUGACCCUGACGAAGGGGAGGCCAGGCUUUCGGGUGAGGCACCAAAAACACCCGGCAGUGAGACGGCAAGCAAACGUAUGAAAGUGAAGCAUGAUGAUCACUAUGAGUUGAUAGUAGAUGGAAGGGUCUAUUAUAUCUGCAUUGUGUGUAAAAGGUCAUAUGUGUGUCUGACAAGCCUGCGAAGACAUUUCAACAUUCACUCCUGGGAGAAGAAGUACCCGUGCCGUUACUGUGAGAAGGUAUUUCCUCUUGCAGAAUAUCGCACAAAGCAUGAGAUUCAUCACACUGGAGAGCGAAGGUAUCAGUGUUUGGCCUGUGGCAAAUCUUUCAUUAACUAUCAGUUCAUGUCUUCACACAUAAAGUCAGUGCAUAGCCAAGAUCCUUCUGGGGACUCGAAGCUUUAUCGGUUGCACCCAUGCAAGUCUUUACAGAUCAGACAAUAUGCCUAUCUUUCUGAUAGGUCAAAUACUGUGCCUGUGAUGAAGGAUGAUAGUAUUGAGUAUAAGGUUGAUGCUGGAAAAGACCCUCCUGUGCAGCCUGCAGCUCCUGCUCAGAACAAGCCAAUGACCUGGGAAGAUAUUUUCAUUCAACAGGACAAUGACGCUAUCUUUAAGCAGAAUGUAACAGAUGGCAGUACUGAGUUUGAAUUUAUAAUCCCAGAAUCUUACUGAACUUGUUUGAAAUAUCAGAAAGUGUUUGGUUUGAUUUAAGGGACAGAAAUUUUGGAAGACCUGUGAAGCAACUUAUGGUUAAAACAAAUUGCUUUUUGAUCUACCAUGUCAUCUGAAGGUAGUCUAGUUUGAUUAUUUGUUAACAGUUUUUAGAAGCAAAGUUUUGUGAAAGUUUGAGUAAAAUCGAGAAGUCCCCUUCCUCCAGUAUCUGUUUAUAUAGUUAGCUUCCGGCUAAUUUAAAGAGUCAAAAAUUUUAAAAGUGUGGCAAGAUACUUUUCUGAGUAGAAUUUGAAGUGGUCUGAAAUGUUCUUUGAUGAUAACUGGAGUCAUUAGCAGAUCUAGGGCAUCUUACGCCUUUUCCCUUCCAUGUUAGCACUUUACUGAUAAAUCCCUUAAUUUUUUUUCAACGUUGAAACUAUGAUUAGGUGUUGUGUCAUGUAUCUGGCAUAACAAGCAAAGAACUUUAAAAAUUUCCUGGAGAAUUUCAGGAUAAAUCUCAGUUUGGUGGCUUAUUCUGCUAAUCCAACGGGUAGCAACUUCAUGCCACCUUUCUCCCAGGAAAGUCUGUCAUCUGAAGGAUAAAUUAAUUUUAGCAAAUCAGAUUAGUCUGUUUGUUGCCGAUUGGUGACACUUUGGUGGCUAGAUGCUGUAUGCCUUUUCAGUGUGGUCUCUGUGCAAAACAGAUGAAAAGAGACAUUUCUGAAAUGUGGACAGGAGGAAAUGAAAAGUUCUCUUGUACUUAUUUUUAAUUAUCCUCAUGACAUUUUUAAAAUUUUGGAUUUGGAAGCCACCAAAUAAACCUUUAAUUAUGUAUAAAUGUUGUAAAUGGCAGAGUCUAUAUAGGAGAUGCUUGCAUAUUUUGGGCAGGAGGUUACUUUCGUGUAUUUUUAAAUGUUUAUAUUACUUAGAAUAUCUAAUAGGAAGUUAUUUGAAAUAGUUGAAGAAGUAAUCUAGUAUUUUUCUUUCAGCAAUAUCUUUGAGGUUUUUGCCCCUUCUAAAGUUCCAUUCCAUCUGCAAAUUAAUACAAUAUUAUAGCAAUCAGAAACUACAUAUGGAAUGUUACAUAGGCUUAUUAAUUCUCAUUUAUCUUGACAAUAAAUACCACCUUUCUUCCUUGUAAAGUGACCCAUAAUUUAAACACUUAGAAAAUAAAGUUAAAACUUACUGAAGAUCUAGUAUUAAAAGGAAGCAGGUUGGAAUAAAUGCAUAGCGUAGAAUUUAUAACAGAGUUAACUUGUUGAAUUUUUGUAAAUGAUUGCUUUGCAAGGGAAAAAUUAAUAGAAAAAAAAAUGUUGCGUAUAGUCAUUAGUCAUUUGUAACUUUAAAUAUUUCUUAUUUCAACAUAGAUGAUUUCUUCUUACCAUGUGUUUUAAAAAAUAGUAUUCUUGACUUUGAAAUUAAAAGCUUUAAUCAUUGUUCAUGUAUGCAUCAUUCUGAUUUAUGUAAGCUAGAUUUCAAGGUAAUAGUUUCAAGAGUUUUCUUACUUUGUUAGCUGGGGGUGUCAGGCACUGGUAUUUGUAAUAAUACAAGAAAAAAAAUUAAGUAAUCUGCUUACCAAGGGUUAGAGUAAUGUCCAUUUGUUUUGUUUUCUGUUCUUUAGAUCUUAAAAUUGUUUUAGAAAGCCAUCCCUUGGAAAACUCGAGAAAUUACCUUAUAAUUUAAAGAAUCUGUCGUCUUUAGAAUUACAAUAUUUGUUUUCCUUUCUGUGUAGCAAUUGGUAACAUUACACUUUGGUAAUAGGGUACACUCUGAAAUGUUCUUAGUGGGAAUCUGUUUGAGUUUUAUUAAUGUUCUUUCACCAGUUAAAUGUAAUCACUUCUGCCAGUGUGAAUGAUUAUGAUGCCAGCAGUUUCCAGACCUUUCAGAUUCCACUGCUAGGUAAAUUAAAUUUGUCAUAAUAAAACGUGUUGAUUUCUAUAAGACUAUUAUGACAAAAUAGGAAUUCUAUAAUGGAAAACUAUUCUAAAUAAUUAAGAGUUGAUUUGCUGUUGCUGUGCUCUGUGUAAAUUUUGACUAUGGAAAUUCAAUUCUGCCCUCUAAUGGUAUCUUAGGGAGUUUCUUUUGGGAGGAGGAAAACUGGAAAAUUAAACUAAUUUUUGCCAGAAGACUCUUAACUUGCAUGUUAUCUCAGGGUCUUCAAUUUUUAUAGAUCUUUAGCCAAUGCUUGGAAUUCAUGUGGAAUAUUCCUUUGGGAUGAACUUCAGUACUUACUGUAACAUAAUAGAGCAAGAUGCUGUUCAAUAUUUGCUAUGGGAUUUUUCUAUUUUAUACUCUACUUUCUGGCUAUUUACAUUUCCUUUUAUUCUUUUAAAUUUGCUCCAGUGCAGAAUUUCCAGUAAAUAUUCGAAUAGCAGGUAUUUAAAUAGUAAUUUGUUAACUAACAACGUUAAAUGCUCUAAUGAAGCAACGAAUUUUAAAUACUGUUCCAAACUUACAAGACAAAAAUGUAUGCUUUAUUCAUUCAUUCAUUUACUUAAAGCCAGUUACAGAUAAGGAAAGACCAAGAAAGCUUACAUCUGCUGGCUCACUUCCACUCCCCAGAUGGCCACAACUACUAGGGCUGAGCCUGGAAGAAGCCCCGAGGAAUUUCUUCCUCGUGUCCCACAUGGGUGUAAGGACCCCAAUGCUUGGGCUAUCUUCCACUGCUUCCCCAAGCCAUUAGCAGGGAGCUGGAUUGGAAGUGGAGCAGCCAGGGCACAAACUUAUCCAUAUGGGAUGCCAGAGUCAGAGGUGGUGGCUUUACCUGGUAAGCCACAAUUCUGCCCCCACGUUUCCCCCUUUUUUUCCCCUUAUUUUUCUUUUUGUAAAGCUAAAAUACAAUCAAUUAGAAUUUUGCUGGUAACAUUUCAAACAUAGAGCCAUUAUGAGAAAAUUCCAUAUUGUUCCCUGUUGUACCCCAAAAGAUAAAAUGGUAAGCACUGAGCAAGGUAUUGCCAAAGCAUGCAUAUUCUGAAGAUUUAAAUGCUAAUUGAACAUCAUUGGCUGGCUUUUCUCUGUCAUUUCCCCCAAUACUGUAAUGUUCAUACUUGUACAAUCUGUCUGGAGUUUAUUCUACUUUGUGAAUCAUUACCUGAUAUUAGUUCAUAGAGUUUCUUCAUGGCAAAAAUAAAAAAAUGUUUUCAUUCUAA